AUGAUAAAAUUUGAUUGCAACUCGGAUUCUCUCGGGAUAUCCAAUGCGGCCACACCCCAACCGCUGGAUAUGGAGAUAGACACCAACAAUCAAGAGGUAUUGCUUAUCAACACACGCAACUUUCCAUGUGUGGAGGAUUGCAACUCGCAGGGUGGUGGAAAACCACGAGAUUUUCUUGAAAUUCUUAAGCAAAAUGAUGAUCUGCGGUCCAGUGGAGUCCCAAAGUUUCGUGUUGUACAACUGGAAGUGUUAAAACACUCAGCGGGUCAAAAUCACAAUGAUUGGAUCAGUCUGGCAAAUCUUAUUCAAGCGAACUAUCACACAUGUCGUGGCUUUGUAGUAGUUAACGGCACAGAUAAUAUGGUAUCAACAUCAACGGCACUUAGUUUUAUGCUUGAAAAUUUGGGAAAACCUGUUGUAUUUACCGGUUCACGUAUUCCACCAGAGCGUCUCUAUACAGAUUUAUGGCGUAAUCUUAUUGUUGCAUUACUUUUCGCCAAUUGUAGCCAAUUAAAUGAGGUAUGUAUUCUUUUUGAUGAGCAAUUAUUUCGUGCAAAUCGUUCUAUUAAAGUUUCUAGAUCUACUCUUACUCCAUUUGAUUCCCCACAUUUUCCACCAUUGGCUUCUAUGCAUGGUGCGAUACAUUUACACAAACCUUUUCUUCGAUUACACCCACGUGGUCAAUUCCGUGUAAUGGAUAAGAUGCAGUCUGUUGUUUUAACCCUAAAACUUGGACCAUCACUUCGUCAAGAGGUUUUACAAAAAGCAGUAGAAUUAACAAAAGCACGUGCUGUUGUUAUUAUUGCCUAUGGUGAUGGAAAUGGUCCUUCACGUGAUGGGUAUAUGAGCAAUAUUGUGAAGAAGAGUGUGGAACGUGGUAUUUUGGUGGUUGUAUGUACACAGAAUCUUUACGGCUCAGUGAAUUUGGGUGCAUAUGAAGUUGGAGAGGAAUUGCUGAAGGCAGGUGCUGUGAGUGCACAUGAUAUGACCAUUGAGGCUACCAUUAUGAAGUUAAAGUAUCUCUUGGGUGUUGGUCUUUCAACGAAUGAUGUAAAGAAGUUCUUUUCAAACGUUAACCUCCGUGGUGAACUCACUCUGCAGAAACAAAACCUGUAA